AUAAAUGGCUUUUACCGGCCCCCCUGCUUGUGCGUGCUCUCCGGACACAGUGAAACACUGAUCCGCACGGCACUGCGAUCCGGAGGACACAGCGGAACAUCGAUCGCUGUACGGGACCUCUGUGUGAGGUCCCGAUCAUGUGAUCACUGAUUGGCCAAUCAGUGAUCACGUGAAUAGGUGUAAGCAAGAUGUCACUUCUGACAUCAUUGCUUACUACGUGUGAAUUCUGUGAAUGAUCACAGAGAUCACAUGGUACAAGGCUAUUCACAACAGCCUUGUACCAUGUGACAAGCUGUGACCAAUCACAGCUCAC